AGCGCAGCCAUCGCUCAAACCUGGGAUAACGGGCACCGUACGGACGCACUUCUACAGCUUCAGGAAUCUGAAAACAUCUGCAAAAAUGAACGGAAUUAUCAUCCGUGUCUUCGCUGCUGGAUUUUUCAUCGCAGUCGCCCACGCAUUGACGUGCUACAAAUGCGAUGUUGGCCUUGGAAGCUUGUGUCUGACCACGGAGACGACGUGCGCAGCGGGCGAGCAGUGCUUCAGCGGCAAGGCGGAAGCAGCUGGCUUUCUGCCCAUCAAGACGAAGGGCUGUCUGAAAGCAGACCAAUGCAACAAGACGAGCGAUACCACCAUCGGCAGCUCCAACGUCACCGUCUACAAGAUCUUGAAGACCUGCUGCAGCACUGAUCUGUGCAACGCUGCGCCCGGGGCCAGCGGCCUGCCUCUGCUGCCCCUGCUGCUGGCCUCCUUCACCUCCCUCCUCAUGGUCUCUGUCGCAGUCUGAGAGGGCACGCACACACGCACACACACACACACGCACACACGGAGAUGUACACACACACAGUCAUACAUACAUAAGCACACACACGGAUAGAGAUGUACACGCCCACACACACACGGAUACACAGAUAGAGACGUACACACACACACACAGAUAUAGAGAGGUACAUACAAACACACUAUAGAUCUAUAUGCAAGUGCACACAUGCACACAAAUAGAGAUUUACAUAUACACAGAUAGACAUCUACAUUUGCAUACAUAGAGAUAGGAUGUACAUACAGACAUGCAUAUUAAUUCACAUAAAGGGAUUCACACACAGGCACACAGAUUAUACAGACAGACACAGAGGGAUGCAUACACACACACUCUUGUUAUAAGAUCCUAAUUAUCCACUUAUCUGCACAGCCAAUCUGCCAAAAGGUGCGCUAUAAAGAGAACCACACACAGGCCACGGUGGAGCUGGUCUAUGUCUGAUUCAAAAGAUUUUUAUUAUUAUGUCAUGACUCUAUGAAACCUUUUUCGAGUCUGUCACUGUGCUGUUGUUUAUAUGUUUAUAACCAUUAAACAUUUGGUUUCCUCUCCA